AACACAUUGGCAUUGUGCAACAACACAUACAGCCAUACACAACACCCUUCUUGUUCACUGCAACACCGCGAUAGAGAUCAAGACGCCAGAGAAGAAAGGCAGCGAGGAUGAGCAGCGAGCCGGAUGCGAAGAAGGCCAAGCAGCCCGUGCGGGUGUGGUGCGAUGGAUGCUUCGACAUGAUGCACUUUGGCCACGCGAACGCACUGCGUCAAGCCAAGGCUAUGGGCGACUACCUCAUCGUCGGCGUUCACUCGGACGAGGAGAUCCGCAAGAACAAAGGCCCACCCGUCAUGAACGAGGAAGAGCGGUACGAAAUGGUCCGCGCUUGCAAAUGGGUUGACGAAGUGGUGGAGGAUGCACCAUAUGUCACGCAGCUGGACGUCCUUGACAAGUACAACUGCGACUUUUGCGUCCACGGCGACGACAUCACCACUGCGGGUGACGGGCAAGAUGCGUACCAUCUUGUCAAGGCCGCGAACCGGUACAAGGAGUACGCGCGAACACAAGGCGUGUCCACGACGGACCUGGUGGGCCGGAUGCUGCUCAUGACCAAGACGCACUUCACCUCCGACGAGGAAGACAAGCCCAUGUCCAUCCCGCACGUGUCCGAGAUGCAGGGAAAGCCAAAGGAUAUUGUUAGCCCUUACACGGGCGCUUCCCAGUUCCUGCCAACCACCAAGCGCAUUGUGCAGUUCUCGGACAAGAAGGAACCCAAGCCUGGCGACGUCGUUGGAUACAUCCAAGGCACGUUUGACCUGUUCCACGUGGGUCACAUUGCGGCGCUGAAGAAGGCGCGGUCCAUGUGCGAUUUCCUCAUCGUUGGCGUGCACUCCGACAAGAACGCAAAUGCGCUGCACGGCCAGAACUACCCGAUCAUGAACCUCCAUGAACGCCUCCUGUCCGUCCUCGCCUGCCGCUAUGUGGACGAGGUUGUGAUUGGCCCGCCGCUGGCCGUCUCCGCAGAACUGCUUGACCAUUUCAAGGUGAACAAGGUCUUCCGCGGCAGCCGUGAUGCGGCCGAUAAUGCUGGUGGCGACAUCUUUGCUGAAGCGAAGAAGAGAAACAUCUUUGUGCAGUUUGACAGCGGGUCGAGAAUGACAACAGCGGACAUCGUGCGACGCAUCAUCAAGCACAGGCUUGAGUUUGAGGAGCGGAACCGGCGCAAGAGCAAACGCGAGGUCGAUCGCAUGACGGAAAACGACGACGACGCUGGUGAUGACGGCGACAGUGGCAAGAAAUGAGGCUGCCCUUUGCUGCUGGCAUUGCACGUGAUGUGAAGACAAGAAACACGAGGAGCAACCCUCAUUGCCAACUGCAUGCAUGCAAGCAAGCAAGCAAGUUCGUGCUGUUUCCAUCUGUCCCACCCACACCCUCUUCUCUCUUGUUCUGAGUGUGCCCUUCUCUCCGCACCCAUCCAAAUAGUCAACUACAGAUUUCGCGCACCCUGAUCAUCGCAGCAUCGUCGCAUGCAGUGCACGUCACAUCACUGCGAAUGUGUGCGUGUUCAUGGGUUCCUCGCCCAAUACACAGCAUGAGGCUUUCGACAGCACCAGGCUAUGGUUGACAUUACAUUAAUGAGCUCGUUUCCA